AUGGCUUCCAUUACAACAACGACAACGACAACAAAAAUUACGCUAAACGACGUCGCAAGACCUCUGAAGAACAGACUCGUAUGCUUCUCUUUUGCAGCCUACGCGAAAUCCCUCAUCGACCACCUUCAGUUCAUCAACAUACCCGUCCUUCCGGGUCUCACUGAUCAAGAAUUCUCUACGGUGGAAUCGUCUUUUAACCUCUCUUUCCCUCCUGACCUCCGUUCCAUUCUCCGCGAAGGCCUCCCAGUCGGCCAUCACUUCCCUAAUUGGCGCUCCUCUUCCGAACAACAACUUCGCAUCCUCAUAGACCUUCCGCGAUUAAACCUUCUGAGGAACAUUUCGACAAACAGCUUCUGGGUGGACUUUUGGGGGGACAAACCUGAAAGCAUUGACCAAGCUGUAAAGAAGGCCAAGCUGUUUAUUGAUAAAGCGCCGCUUCUUGUUCCCGUAUAUAGGAAUUGUUACAUUCCUUCUACGCCGAACGUCGCCGGGAAUCCGGUGUUUUAUGUCGAUGACCGGGAAGUGCGUGUUAUAAGCUAUGAUGUGACAAGGUUUUUCCAGGAAAUUGAGUUUCUUAAAAUGGGUAUAUUCCGGUCGGUUGCGUUGGCCGAUAGGUUAAAAACUGAUGCUCCGGCUUGGGCGGCAACUGCGUCGAAAAGGAUUGACUUCUGGACUGAGGUAGCUGAGCGAGGACGUAAAGUGGUGGCGCGUGAGGAGACGGACUGCUGGUGGGGUGGAGGUGAUUUAGGGAGGUGUUUGGAGGAGGUUUUUUGGAGGUUGAGAGAUGGAGGGUGGGGAGAAGAAGAGGUUCGGGAGAUGAUGAUGAUGAUGAUGAUGGACGGGUCUGAUGACGGCGAGAGACGUGCAGUGAAUGUUGAGAGUGUGGAGUGGCAGGUGAGAAUUCUUGCAAUUGUGUUAUUGCGUGGUGGGUGGAGUAUGGAAGACGUGGUGUACUCGCUUGAUCUUGACGAAGAGCAGUAUCCAAAUAGCUGUUUCCUGGAGAAUAGUGAUCAAUCAGUUGACGCAAUUUCAGUCCCUUGA